CAUCAACGGUCUGGCCAUUUGCUUUUAGUUAGACCAGCAACACAACCUAAACGCCAUCAAUUUCGUAUCAAAUUCUUUUUGAUAUGUUCUCAUUCGUUCACUUGUGUUUCCGGAUGAUAUCAUUCAUCACGCGCCCACUUUUUCUCCAUCCCUUCCAGCUGCUUUGCGAUGUCUUUUUCCCAAGCAGUACAGAAAGACAAUUAGAAGACGAAGAAACAGGACAGAUUGGUGAAGGUGAUACGCCAAUCGUCUCGACUGAACAACAAUACGACCAAUCUUCUCCAAGGGAAUGUACCGAAAGUCAAGGACCGCAAUAUUGCGACAACCCCUAUGCAAAUCUUCCAGUUAUUGGCAUAGGCAUGACCGGUAGAAUCCAUCAGAUCGAUAAAGAUCGUGUUGUAAAAGUGGCUAGAGUCUACUCCCUUGAACAUCUCUCCGAGCCUGAUCGUGGCGACACGGAAUAUAUUAACGAAAUGAACCGGGAGACUAUAAGACACGAGAUCUGUGUCUAUGAGCGCUUAGGAAGCCACAGAGGGAUCAUAUCUUGUCUAGGGGUCUCUGAGCAUGGAAUCGAGCUAGCCUUUGCAAACCAGGGCAAUCUGGGAUCCUACAUCGAGAAUAAUCCAGAACCAACCGAAUCUUUCAAAGCCACGUGGAUAUUGACUCUUACCGAUACUUUAUCUUACGUCCACUCGCGCAAGGUCUUUGUGGAUGAGAUUGCACUCCGCAACUUCUUAGUAGCUGAAGGACAGCUCAAGCUUGCGGAUUUUGGUCAAUCUAUUCUAUUGCCUUUAACUGCUGACGUGAAUACAAUAUCCGAAAAUGAUCUAACGGCAAAGAUUGAGAUACUUCAUCUCGGCUGGGUUAUUUGCUCAAUCGCACAGUGGCGCGUUCACAAAUACUACUUCUUUGACACAGAGAAACCGCAAGAAAAUCCUUCUAUGGGCGAUCUCUUCUGCCGAGAUCUAGUUCAGAAAUGCUGGAAUGGUGAAUAUGUUAGCAUGGAUGCUUUAAACAAGGAAGCGCAUAUUUUAUUGGGUGAAAUGACUUUAGGAGGGCCAGUUUGAAAGCUCCACCAACUGACAGGUUGACGCGUAGCUAGACAUAGGAUUAAAUAGACUAAAAAAGAUACGCUCAGAAAGCUUGGGAUUCCUCGAAAUACCAACUACGAGGCUCGUGGCAUGCAGGCGAAACCAGAAGGCUUUCUUGCUUUCUUCGGUCGAGUCAUCAUCUAGGCUUCCAGGGUGCGUGAAUCAUCCCUCGAGCAACAAAACAUGCUGUGUGAGCCACCACAGAU